AUGGCCCAGGCUGGCCCGGGGCGGGUCGGGACGCGGCGCCGCAGUGUCCAGCCCCAGCCGGGGCAUUCGUCGGCCUUUGAGGCUCUGCCUCCCACCGAUGAGGAGCAGGGAUCCUUCGCAGAGGAGCUCACAGAGGCAGCAUUGGCGAGCAACACACAGAAACCCGAUGAAAAUAGAAGCAGACGUAAAAAAGAGGUGGAGAAUGAAGGUUCAGAAAAUCCUCAGUUGUCCUCCCAUGACAAAACAGAGUUGGCUUUUUCUGAAGGCUUGCAGUCCCCUUACAAACAUGAACCACCAGAGAAAGCUUUAAAAGAGAUGAACAAAGAAAUCAUGAACUUCUUGUCAAAAUAUGCUCACAUUUUAAGUGAGAGAGCAGCGAUGGAUACUUCCUAUGUCCAGGAACUUGAUGGGAUCUUAAAAGAAGCGAGGACCAUAGAAAACCACUUGAGACAGAAAAGGGAGGCUCUGAAGCAGAGAUUCGCCAUGAUCGCAAACGCUUUGCAAAGAUAA